AUGCCCUGUCCUUCCCAUGCAGUGCUGGAAGCUCAUUGGCUCAUGGACCACGGCCUCUCACCCUACUCCGGUCCUCACUUCCAAGCUUCUCCCCUCCUGCUGCUCCUGCCUCCCUUCCUUCUCUCGCCAAUCAACUUCACGCUCCUCCUAGCCAUAUCAGACAUCGUCACAGCUGCCCUCCUCCUCCUCUCCGGAUCCCUCCUCCAUCCCUCCUCUCCCUCCACCUCUUCUCCCUCCACUAUCUCUCCCUCAUGCCACUCUCCGCCUGCUGCCGUCUCUCUCCCUCCGCCCUUGGGCCUGGGAGCUUGGAGCGCUCUGCUGCUGCUGUGGAACCCUCUCUCUGCUGCCGCUGCCAUUGCUGGCGCUGCCUCCUCGCUUCUCUCGCUGCCGAUUGCGCUCGCACUCGCUUCUGCUGCUGCGGGCAAUCCACCUCUGGCGGCCAUGGGUAUGGCUCUAUGCAUGGCCCUCUCGCCCUCAUCAACCGUGCUGCUAGUGCCUGUACUACUGUUGCUGCUUAACAGACUCCCCUCCCAAUCAGCCGCCUCUCCCCACGCACCACCUGCUAUGCUAACAGCACCAGUAGUGUCAGCAUCAACAGCAACAAAAGAAGCAGCAGCAGAAACAAAAACAGCAGCCGUAGCAGCAGCUACCACCCGUUCCCCUUCGCGCCCCUCUCCCCAGCGCCUCCACCUCCUCCUCCCCUUCCUCCUGCUCCUCGCCCUCUGGUUACUCACACUCCUUGCCGCCUCUCACCUGUUGCUGCUCCCAUAUAGAGGCCUGCUGCCUGCUUUCUCACAUGUCUAUCCGUUCGCUCUGCAGCUCUCAGACCUCACGCCUAAUCUCGGCCUGCGCUGGUAUUUCUUUGCAGAGGCCUUUGCCUACAUCCGCCCCUUCUACUCCUUUGUCUUCUCCGCUACGCUGCUCCUCGUGCUGCCUCCCCUCGCCCUGCGCCUCCACCGCCGCCCCUUCUUCCUCGCCUUUGCACUGCUCCUGUCUGCCCACAUCGUUGCUCCCUACCCCACUGUAGGAGAGUCGGGUUUCAUCCUGGCGUUGCUGCCCCUGUUCCUCCCUCAGCUAUCAGGUUCCGUCCCCUCCUCCUCUCAUGUCUUCCUCCUGUCCCCUUCUCCUCUCCCUUAUUCCGCUUCUCUCCCCUCCUCCUCCCCUCUCCUCCUGUCAUUUUCCUCGUCCCAUUCCAUUCCCCCAUUCCUCCUAUCCGCCCAUUCCCCUCUGCCUCAUCUCCAUCCCUGCACGUUCGUGCCUUGCGUGCACGACAACCCCUCACUCAGCAACCCCUCACUCAGCAACCCCUCACUCAGGAACCCCUCACUCAGCAACCCCUCACUCAGCAACCCCUCACUCAGCAACCCCUCACUCAGCAACCCCUCACUCAGCAACCCCUCACUCAGCAACCCCUCACCUCAGCAACCCCUCACUCAGCAACCCCUCACUUCACUCAGCAACCCUCACUCAGCAACCCCUCACUCAGCAACCCCUCACUCAGCAACCCCUCACUCAGCAACCCCUCACUCAGCAACCCCUCACUCAGCAACCCCCUCACUCAGCAACCCCUCACUCAGCAACCCUCACUCAGCAACCCCUCACUCAGCAACCCCUCACUCAGCAACCCCUCACUCAGCAACCCUCACUCAGCAACCCCUCACUCAGCAACCCCUCACUCAGCAACCCCUCACUCAGCAACCCUCACUCAGCAACCCCCUCACUCAGCAACCCCUCACUCAGCAACCCUCACUCAGCAAGCAACCCCUCACUCAGCAACCCCUCACUCAGCAACCCCUCACUCAGCAAUCCCUCACUCAGCAAUCCCUCACUCAGCAACCCCUCACUCAGCAACCCCUCACUCAGCAACCCCUCACUCAGCAACCCCUCACUCAGCAACCCCUCACUCAGCAACCCCUCACUCAGCAACCCCUCACUCAGCAACCCCUCACUCAGCAACCCCUCACUCAGCAACCCCUCACUCAGCAAUCCCUCACUCAGCAAUCCCUCACUCAGCAACCCCUCACUCAGCAACCCCUCACUCAGCAACCCCUCACUCAGCAACCCCUCACUCAGCAACCCCUCACUCAGCAACCCCUCACUCAGCAACCCCUCACUCAGCAACCCCUCACUCAGCAACCCCUCACUCAGCAACCCCUCACUCAGCAACCCCUCACUCAGCAACCCCUCACUCAGCAACCCCUCACUCAGCAACCCCUCACUCAGCAACCCCUCACUCAGCAACCCCUCACUCAGCAACCCCUCACUCAGCAAUCCCUCACUCAGCAAUCCCUCACUCAGCAACCCCUCACUCAGCAACCCCUCACUCAGCAACCCCUCACUCAGCAACCCCUCACUCAGCAACCCCUCACUCAGCAACCCCUCACUCAGCAACCCCUCACUCAGCAACCCCUCACUCAGCAACCCCUCACUCAGCAACCCCUCACUCAGCAACCCCUCACUCAGCAACCCCUCACUCAGCAAUCCCUCACUCAGCAAUCCCUCACUCAGCAACCCCUCACUCAGCAACCCCUCACUCAGCAACCCCUCACUCAGCAACCCCUCACUCAGCAACCCCUCACUCAGCAACCCCUCACUCAGCAACCCCUCACUCAGCAACCCCUCACUCAGCAACCCCUCACUCAGCAACCCCUCACUCAGCAAUCCCUCACUCAGCAAUCCCUCACUCAGCAAACCCCUCACUCAGCAACCCCUCACUCAGCAACCCCUCACUCAGCAACCCCUCACUCAGCAACCCCUCACUCAGCAACCCCUCACUCAGCAACCCCUCACUCAGCAACCCCUCACUCAGCAACCCCCUCACUCAGCAACCCCUCACUCAGCAACCCCUCACUCAGCAACCCCUCACUCAGCAACCCCUCACUCAGCAACCCCUCACUCAGCAACCCCUCACUCAGCAACCCCCUCACUCAGCAACCCCAUCACUCAGCAACCCCUCACUCAGCAACCCCUCACUCAGCAACCCCUCACUCAGCAACCCCUCACUCAGCAACCCCUCACUCAGCAACCCCUCACUCAGCAACCCCUCACUCAGCAACCCCUCACUCAGCAACCCCUCACUCAGCAACCCCGCUUCCCUCACUCAGCAACCCCUCACUCAGCAAUCCCUCACUCAGCAACCCCUCACUCAGCAACCCCUCACUCAGCAACCCCUCACUCAGCAACCCCUCACUCAGCAACCCCUCACUCAGCAACCCCUCACUCAGCAACCCCUCACUCAGCAACCCCUCACUCAGCAACCCCUCACUCAGCAACCCCUCACUCCCCUCACUCAGCAAUCCCUCACUCAGCAACCCCUCACUCAGCAACCCCUCACUCAGCAACCCUCCACUCAGCAAACCCCUCACUCAGCAACCCCUCACUCAGCAACCCCCUCACUCAGCAACCCCUCACUCAGCAACCCCUCACUCAGCAACCCCCUCACUCAGCAACCCCCUCACUCAGCAACCCCUCACUCAGCAAUCCCUCACUCAGCAACCCCUCACUCAGCAACCCCUCACUCAGCAAACCCCUCACUCAGCAACCCCUCAAUCAGCAAACCUCACUCAGCAACCCCUCACUCAGCAACCCCUCACUCAGCAACCCCUCACUCAGCAACCCCUCACUCAGCAACCCCUCCACUCAGCAACCCCUCACUCAGCAACCCCUCACUCAGCAACCCCUCAUCAGCAACCCCUCACUCAGGCAACCCCUCACUCAGCAAACCCCUCACUCAGCAACCCCUCACUCAGCAACCCCUCACUCAGCAAUCCCCUCACUCAGCAACCCCUCACUCAGCAACCCCCUCACUCAGCAACCCCUCACUCAGCAACCCCUCACUCAGCAACCCCCUCACUCCCAGGCAACCCCUCACUCAGCAACCCCUCCACUCAGCAAACCCCUCACUCAGCAACCCCUCACUCAGCAACCCCUCACUCAGCAACCCCUCACUCAGCAACCCCUCACUCAGCAACCCCUCACUCAGCAACCCCUCACUCAGCAACCCCUCACUCAGCAACCCCUCACUCAGCAACCCCCUCACUCAGCAACCCCUCACUCAGCAACCCCUCACUCAGCAACCCCUCACCAACCCCUCACUCAGCAACCCUCACGCAUAACCCCUCACUCAGCAACCCUCACUCAGCAACCCCCUCACUCAGCAACCCUCACUCAGCAACCCCUCACUCAGCAACCCUCACUCAGCAACCCCUCACUCAGCAAACCCCUCACUCAGCAACCCCUCACUCAGCAACCCCCUCACUCAGCAACCCCUCACUCAGCAACCCUCACUCAGCAAACCCCUCACUCAGCAACCCCUCACUCAGCAACCCCUCACUCAGCAACCCCCUCACUCAGCAACCCAUCACUCAGCAAACCCUCACUCAGCAAUCCCUCACUCAGCAAUCCCUCACUCAGCAACCCCUCACUCAGCAACCCCUCACUCAGCAACCCCUCACUCAGCAACCCCUCACUCAGCAACCCCUCACUCAGCAACCCCUCACUCAGCAACCCCUCACUCAGCAACCCCUCACUCAGCAACCCCUCACUCAGCAACCCCUCACUCAGCAACCCCUCACUCAGCAACCCCUCACUCAGCAACCCCUCACUCAGCAAACCUCACUCAGCACUCAGCAACCCCUCACUCAGCAACCCCUCACUCAGCAACCCCUCACUCAGCAACCCCUCACUCAGCAACCCCUCACUCAGCAACCCCUCACUCAGCAACCCCUCACUCAGCAACCCCUCACUCAGCAAUCCCUCACUCAGCAAUCCCUCACUCAGCAACCCCUCACUCAGCAACCCCUCACUCAGCAACCCCUCACUCAGCAACCCCUCACUCAGCAACCCCUCACUCAGCAACCCCUCACUCAGCAACCCCUCACUCAGCAACCCCUCACUCAGCAAACCCCUCCACUCAGCAACCCCUCACUCAGCAAACCCACUCACUCACGCAACCCCUCACUCAGCAACCCCUCACUCAGCAACCCCCUCACUCAGCAACCCCUUCACUCAGCAACCCUCACUUCAGCAAUCCCCUCAUCAGCAACCCCUCACUCAGCAACCCCUCACUCAGCAACCCCUCACUCAGCAAUCCCCUCACUCAGCAACCCCCUCACUCAGCAACCCCUCACUCAGCAACCCCUCACUCAGCAACCCCUCACUCAGCAACCCCUCACUCAGGCAACCCCUCACUCAGCAACCCCUCACUCAGCAACCCCUCACUCAGCAACCCCUCACUCAGCAACCCCUCACUCAGCAAACCCCCUCACUCAGCAACCCCUCACUCAGCAACCCCUCACUCAGCAACCCCUCACUCAGCAACCCCUCACUCAGCAACCCCUCACUCAGCAACCCCUCACUCAGCAACCCCUCACUCAGCAACCCCUCACUCAGCAACCCCUCACUCAGCAACCCCUCACUCAGCAACCCCUCACUCAGCAAACCCCUCACUCAGCAAUCCCUCACUCAGCAAACCCCUCAUCAGCAACCCCUCACCUCAAGCAACCCCUCACUCAGCAACCCCUCACUCAACCCCUCACUCAGCAACCCCUCACUCAGCAACCCCUCACUCAGCAACCCCUCACUCAGCAACCCCUCACUCAGCAACUCCCUCACUCAGCAACCCCUCACUCAGCAACCCCUCACUCAGCAACCCCUCACUCAGCAACCCCUCACUCAGCAACCCCUCACUCAGCAACCCCUCACUCAGCAACCCCUCACUCAGCAACCCCUCACUCAGCAACCCCUCACUCAGCAACCCCUCACUCAGCAACCCCCUCACUCAGCAACCCCUCACCUCAGCAAUCCCCUCACUCAGCAACCCCUCACUCAGCAACCCCUCACUCAGCAAUCCCUCACUCAGCAAUCCCUCACUCAGCAAAAAAAAAAGGGGGGCAGGCCCCCACUCAGCAACCCCUCACUCAGCAACCCCUCACUCAGCAACCCCUCACUCAGCAACCCCUCACUCAGCAACCCCUCACUCAGUCAACCCCUCACUCAGCAAUCCCCUCACUCAGCAACCCCUCACUCAGCAACCCCUCACUCAGCAACUCCCUCACUCAGCAAUCCUCACUCAGCAACCCCUCACUCAGCAUACCCCUCACUCAGCAACCCCUCACUCAGCAACCCCUCACUCAGCAAACCCUCACUCAGCAACGCCUCACUCAGCAACCCUCACUCAGCAACCCUCACUCAGCAACCCCUCACUCAGCAACCCUCACUCAGCAAUCCCUCACUCAGCAAUCCCUCACUCAGCAACCCCUCACUCAGCAACCCCUCACUCAGCAACCCCUCACUCAGCAACCCCUCACUCAGCACCAGCAAACCUCACUCAGCAACCCCCUCACUCAGCAACCCCUCACUCAGCAACCUCACUCAGCAAACCCCUCACUCAGCAACCCCUCACUCAGCAACCCCCUCACUCAGCAACCCUCACUCAGCAACCCCUCACUCAGCAACCCUCACUCAGCAACCCCUCACUCAGCAACCCCUCACUCAGCAACCCCUCACUCAGCAACUCCCCUCACUCAGCAAUACCCCUCACUCAGCAACCCCUCACUCAGCAACCCUCACUCAAGCAAUCCCUCACUCAGCAACCCCUCACUCAGCAACCCCUCACUCAGCAACCCCUCACUCAGCAACCCCUCCUUUGCCUACUCAGCAACCCCUCACUCAGCAACCCCUCACUCAGCAACCCCUCACUCAGGCAACCCCUCACUCAGCAAACCCUCACUCAGCAACCCCUCACUCAGCAACCCCUCACUCAGCAACCCUCACUCAGCAACCCCUCACUCAGCAACCCCUCACAUCAGCAACCCUCACUCAGCAACCCCUCACUCAGCAACCCUCACUCAGCAACCCCCUCACUCAGCAACCCUCACUCAGCAACCCUCACUCAGCAACCCCUCACUCAGCAACCCCUCACUCAGCAACCCCUCACUCAGCAACCCCUCACUCAGCAACCCCUCACUCAGCAACCCCUCACUCAGCACCCCUCACUCAGCAACCCCUCACUCAGCAAUCCCCUCACUCAGCAAUCCCCUCACUCAGCAACCCCUCACUCAGCAACCCCUCACUCAGCAAACCCCCUCACUCAGCAACCCCUCACUCAGCAACCCCUCACUCAGCAACCCCUCACUCAGCAACCCCUCACUCAGGCAAAUCCCUCACUCAGCAAACCCCUCACUCAGCAACCCCUCACUCAGCAACCCUCAGCUCACUCAGCAACCCCUCACUCAGCAACCCCUCACUCAGCAACCCCUCACUCAGCAACCCCUCACUCGCAACCCUUUUCUCCACUCAGCAACCCCUCACUCAGCAACCCUCACUCAGCAACCCCUCACUCAGCAACCCCUCACUCAGCAACCCCUCACUCAGCAAUCCCUCACUCAGCAAUCCCUCACUCAGCAACCCUCACUCAGCAACCCCUCACUCAGCAACCCCCUCACUCAGCAACCCCUCACUCAGCAACCCCUCACUCAGCAACCCCUCACUCAGCAACCCCUCACUCAGCAAACCCCUCACUCAGCAACCCCUCACUCAGCAACCCCUCACUCAGCAACCCCUCACUCAGCAACCCCUCACUCAGCAACCCCUCACUCAGCAACCCCUCACUCAGCAAACCCCUCACUCAGCAACCCCUCACUCAGCCAACCCCUCACUCAGCAACCCCUCACUCAGCAACCCCUCACUCAGCAACCCCUCACUCAGCAACCCCUCACUCAGCAAUCCCCUCACUCAGCAACCCCUCACUCAGCAACCCUCACUCAGCAACCGCCUCACUCAGCAACCCCUCACUCAGCAACCCCUCACAUCAGCAACCCCUCACUCAGCAACCCCUCACUCAGCAACCCCUCACUCAGCAACCCCUCACUCAGCAAGCCCUCACUCAGCAACCCCUCACUCAGCAACCCCCUCACUCAGCAACCCCUCACUCAGCAACCCCUCACUCAGCAACCCCUCACUCAGCAACCCCUCACUUCAGCAACCCUCACUCAGCAACCCUCCCAGCAAUCCCUCACUCAGCAAUCCCUCACUCAGCAAUCCCCUCACUCAGCAAUCCCUCACUCAGCAAUCCCUCACUCAGCAACCCCUCACUCAGCAACCCCACUCACACCCCUCACUCAGCAACCCCUCACUCAGCAACCCCUCACUCAGCAAUCCCCUCACUCAGCAAUCCCUCACUCAGCAACCCCUCACUCAGCAACCCCUCACUCAGCAACCCCUCACUCAGCAACCCCUCACUCAGCAACCCCUCACUCAGCAACCCCUCACUCAGCAACCCCUCACUCAGCAACCCCUCACUCAGCAAUCCCUCACUCAGCAAUCCCUCACUCAGCAAUCCCUCACUCAGCAAUCCCUCACUCAGCAAUCCCUCACUCAGCAAUCCCUCACUCAGCAACCCUCACUCAGCAAUCCCUCACUCAGCAAUCCCUCACUCAGCAAUCCCUCACUCAGCAACCCCUCACUCAGCAAUCCCUCACUCAGCAAUCCCUCACUCAGCAAUCCCUCACUCAGCAACCCCUCACUCAGCAAUCCCUCACUCAGCAAUCCCUCACUCAGCAACCCCUCACUCAGCAAUCCCUCACUCAGCAAUCCUUCACUCAGCAAUCCCUCACUCAGCAACCCCUCACUCAGCAAUCCCUCACUCAGCAAUCCCUCACUCAGCAACCCCUCACUCAGCAAUCCCUCACUCAGCAACCCCUCACUCAGCAACCCCUCACUCAGCAACCCCUCACUCAGCAACCCCUCACUCAGCAACCCCUCACUCAGCAACCCCUCACUCAGCAACCCCUCACUCAGCAACCCCUCACUCAGCAAUCCCUCACUCAGCAAUCCCUCACUCAGCAAUCCCUCACUCAGCAAUCCCCUCACUCAGCAAUCCCUCACUCAGCAACCCCUCACUCAGCAACCCCUCACUCAGCAACCCCUCACUCAGCAACCCUCACUCAGCAACCCCUCACUCAGCAAUCCCUCACUCAGCAAUCCCUCACUCAGCAAUCCCUCACUCAGCAAUCCCUCACUCAGCAACCCCUCACUCAGCAACCCCUCACUCAGCAACCCCUCACUCAGCAACCCCUCACUCAGCAACCCCUCACUCAGCAACCCCUCACUCAGCAACCCCUCACUCAGCAACCCCUCACUCAGCAACCCCUCACUCAGCAAUCCCUCACUCAGCAAUCCCUCACUCAGCAAUCCCUCACUCAGCAAUCCCUCACUCAGCAAUCCCUCACUCAGCAAUCCUCACUCAGCAAUCCCUCACUCAGCAAUCCCUCACUCACACCCUCACUCAGCAACCCCUCACUCAGCAACCCCUCACUCAGCAAUCCCUCACUCAGCAAUCCCUCACUCAGCAAUCCUCACUCAGCAAUCCCUCACUCAGCAAUCCCUCACUCAGCAAUCCCUCACUCAGCAAUCCCUCACUCAGCAAUCCCUCACUCAGCAACCCCUCACUCAGCAAUCCCUCACUCAGCAAUCCCUCACUCAGCAAUCCCUCACUCAGCAACCCCUCACUCAGCAAUCCCUCACUCAGCAAUCCCUCACUCAGCAACCCCUCACUCAGCAAUCCCUCACUCAGCAACCCCUCACUCAGCAACCCCUCACUCAGCAACCCCUCACUCAGCAACCCCUCACUCAGCAACCCCUCACUCAGCAACCCCUCACUCAGCAACCCCUCACUCAGCAACCCCUCACUCAGCAAUCCCUCACUCAGCAAUCCCUCACUCAGCAAUCCCUCACUCAGCAAUCCCUCACUCAGCAAUCCCUCACUCAGCAAUCCCUCACUCAGCAACCCCUCACUCAGCAACCCCUCACUCAGCAACCCCUCACUCAGCAAUCCCUCACUCAGCAACCCCUCACUCAGCAAUCCCUCACUCAGCAAUCCCUCACUCAGCAAUCCCUCACUCAGCAAUCCCUCACUCAGCAAUCCCUCACUCAGCAAUCCCUCACUCAGCAAUCCCCUCACUCAGCAAUCCCUCACUCAGCAAUCCCUCACUCAGCAAUCCCCUCACUCAGCAAUCCCUCACUCAGCAAUCCCUCACUCAGCAAUCCCUCACUCAGCAAUCCCCUCACUCAGCAAUCCCUCACUCAGCAAUCCCUCACUCAGCAAUCCCUCACUCAGCAAUCCCCUCACUCAGCAAUCCCUCACUCAGCAAUCCCUCACUCAGCAACCCCUCACUCAGCAAUCCCUCACUCAGCAAUCCCUCACUCAGCAAUCCCCUCACUCAGCAAUCCCUCACUCAGCAAUCCCUCACUCAGCAACCCCUCACUCAGCAACCCCUCACUCAGCAACCCCUCACUCAGCAACCCCUCACUCAGCAACCCCUCACUCAGCAACCCCUCACUCAGCAACCCCUCACUCAGCAACCCCUCACUCAGCAACCCCUCACUCAGCAACCCCUCACUCAGCAACCCCUCACUCAGCAACCCCUCACUCAGCAACCCCUCACUCAGCAACCCCUCACUCAGCAACCCCUCACUCAGCAACCCCUCACUCAGCAACCCCUCACUCAGCAACCCCUCACUCAGCAAUCCCUCACUCAGCAAUCCCUCACUCAGCAACCCCUCACUCAGCAACCCCUCACUCAGCAACCCCUCACUCAGCAACCCCUCACUCAGCAACCCCUCACUCAGCAACCCCUCACUCAGCAACCCCUCACUCAGCAACCCCUCACUCAGCAACCCCUCACUCAGCAAUCCCCUCACUCAGCAAUCCCUCACUCAGCAACUCCCUCACUCAGCAAACCCCUCACUCAGCAACCCCUCACUCAGCAACCCCUCACUCAGCAACCCUCACUCAGCAACCCCUCACUCAGCAACCCCUCACUCAGCAACCCCUCACUCAGCAACCCCUCACUCAGCAACCCCUCACUCAGCAACCCCUCACUCAGCAAUCCCUCACUCAGCAAUCCCCUCACUCAGCAAUCCCUCACUCAGCAAUCCCUCACUCAGCAAUCCCUCACUCAGCAAUCCCUCACUCAGCAAUCCCCUCACUCAGCAAUCCCUCACUCAGCAACCCCUCACUCAGCAAUCCCUCACUCAGCAAUCCCUCACUCAGCAAUCCCUCACUCAGCAACCCCUCACUCAGCAAUCCCUCACUCAGCAAUCCCUCACUCAGCAAUCCCUCACUCAGCAACCCCUCACUCAGCAAUCCCUCACUCAGCAAUCCCUCACUCAGCAACCCCUCACUCAGCAAUCCCUCACUCAGCAAUCCCUCACUCAGCAAUCCCUCACUCAGCAAACCCCUCACUCAGCAAUCCCUCACUCAGCAAUCCCCUCACUCAGCAACCCCUCACUCAGCAACCCCUCACUCAGCAAUCCCUCACUCAGCAAUCCCUCACUCAGCAAUCCCUCACUCAGCAAUCCCUCACUCAGCAAUCCCUCACUCAGCAAUCCCUCACUCAGCAACCCCUCACUCAGCAAUCCCUCACUCAGCAAUCCCUCACUCAGCAAUCCCUCACUCAGCAACCCCUCACUCAGCAAUCCCUCACUCAGCAAUCCCUCACUCAGCAAUCCCUCACUCAGCAACCCCUCACUCAGCAAUCCCUCACUCAGCAAUCCCUCACUCAGCAACCCCUCACUCAGCAACCCCUCACUCAGCAACCCCUCACUCAGCAACCCCUCACUCAGCAACCCCUCACUCAGCAACCCCUCACUCAGCAACCCCUCACUCAGCAACCCUCACUCAGCAACCCCUCACUCAGCAACCCCUCACUCAGCAAUCCCUCACUCAGCAAUCCCUCACUCAGCAAUCCCUCACUCAGCAAUCCCUCACUCAGCAAUCCCUCACUCAGCAAUCCCUCACUCAGCAAUCCCUCACUCAGCAAUCCCUCACUCAGCAAUCCCUCACUCAGCAACCCCUCACUCAGCAACCCCUCACUCAGCAAUCCCUCACUCAGCAAUCCCUCACUCAGCAAUCCCUCACUCAGCAAUCCCUCACUCAGCAAUCCCUCACUCAGCAAUCCCUCACUCAGCAAUCCCUCACUCAGCAAUCCCUCACUCAGCAACCCCUCACUCAGCAAUCCCUCACUCAGCAAUCCCUCACUCAGCAAUCCCUCACUCAGCAACCCCUCACUCAGCAAUCCCUCACUCAGCAAUCCCUCACUCAGCAACCCCUCACUCAGCAAUCCCUCACUCAGCAACCCCUCACUCAGCAACCCCUCACUCAGCAACCCCUCACUCAGCAACCCCUCACUCAGCAACCCCUCACUCAGCAACCCCUCACUCAGCAACCCCUCACUCAGCAACCCCUCACUCAGCAAUCCCUCACUCAGCAAUCCCUCACUCAGCAAUCCCUCACUCAGCAAUCCCUCACUCAGCAAUCCCUCACUCAGCAAUCCCUCACUCAGCAACCCCUCACUCAGCAACCCCUCACUCAGCAACCCCUCACUCAGCAACCCCUCACUCAGCAAUCCCUCACUCAGCAACCCCUCACUCAGCAAUCCCUCACUCAGCAAUCCCUCACUCAGCAAUCCCUCACUCAGCAACCCCUCACUCAGCAAUCCCUCACUCAGCAAUCCCUCACUCAGCAACCCCUCACUCAGCAAUCCCUCACUCAGCAAUCCCUCACUCAGCAACCCCUCACUCAGCAAUCCCUCACUCAGCAAUCCCUCACUCAGCAAUCCCUCACUCAGCAACCCCUCACUCAGCAAUCCCUCACUCAGCAAUCCCCUCACUCAGCAACCCCUCACUCAGCAAUCCCUCACUCAGCAAUCCCUCACUCAGCAAUCCCUCACUCAGCAACCCCUCACUCAGCAAUCCCUCACUCAGCAAUCCCUCACUCAGCAAUCCCUCACUCAGCAAUCCCUCACUCAGCAAUCCCUCACUCGCAAUCCCCUCACUCAGCAACCCCUCACUCAGCAACCCCUCACUCCGCAAACCCCUCACUCAGCAACCCCUCACUCAGCAACCCCCUCACUCAGCAACCCCUCACUCAGCAACCCCUCACUCAGCAACCCCUCACUCAGCAACCCCUCACUCAGCAAUCCCUCACUCAGCAAUCCCUCACUCAGCAAUCCCUCACUCAGCAAUCCCUCACUCAGCAAUCCCUCACUCAGCAAUCCCUCACUCAGCAAUCCCUCACUCAGCAAUCCCUCACUCAGCAACCCCUCACUCAGCAAUCCCUCACUCAGCAAUCCCUCACUCAGCAACCCCUCACUCAGCAAUCCCUCACUCAGCAAUCCCUCACUCAGCAAUCCCUCACUCAGCAAACCCUCACUCAGCAAUCCCUCACUCAGCAAUCCCUCACUCAGCAACCCCUCACUCAGCAACCCCUCACUCAGCAACCCUCACUCAGCAACCCCUCACUCAGCAACCCCUCACUCAGCAAUCCCUCACUCAGCAAUCCCUCACUCAGCAAUCCCUCACUCAGCAAUCCCUCACUCAGCAAUCCCUCACUCAGCAAUCCCUCACUCAGCAAUCCCUCACUCAGCAAUCCCUCACUCAGCAAUCCCUCACUCAGCAACCCUCACUCAGCAAUCCCUCACUCAGCAACCCCUCACUCAGCAAUCCCUCACUCAGCAACCCCUCACUCAGCAACCCUCACUCAGCAACCCCUCACUCAGCAACCCCUCACUCAGCAACCCCUCACUCAGCAACCCCUCACUCAGCAACCCCUCACUCAGCAAUCCCUCACUCAGCAAUCCCUCACUCAGCAAUCCCUCACUCAGCAAUCCCUCACUCAGCAAUCCCUCACUCAGCAAUCCCUCACUCAGCAAUCCCUCACUCAGCAACCCCUCACUCAGCAAUCCCUCACUCAGCAACCCCUCACUCAGCAAUCCCUCACUCAGCAACCCCUCACUCAGCAAUCCCUCACUCAGCAAUCCCUCACUCAGCAAUCCCCUCACUCAGCAAUCCCUCACUCAGCAAUCCCCUCACUCAGCAAUCCCUCACUCAGCAAUCCCUCACUCAGCAAUCCCUCACUCAGCAAUCCCUCACUCAGCAAUCCCUCACUCAGCAAUCCCUCACUCAGCAACCCCUCACUCAGCAAUCCCUCACUCAGCAAUCCCUCACUCAGCAAUCCCUCACUCAGCAAUCCCUCACUCAGCAAUCCCUCACUCAGCAAUCCCUCACUCAGCAACCCCUCACUCAGCAAUCCCUCACUCAGCAAUCCCCUCACUCAGCAAUCCCUCACUCAGCAAUCCCUCACUCAGCAAUCCCUCACUCAGCAAUCCCUCACUCAGCAAUCCCCUCACUCAGCAAUCCCUCACUCAGCAAUCCCUCACUCAGCAAUCCCUCACUCAGCAAUCCCUCACUCAGCAAUCCCUCACUCAGCAAUCCCUCACUCAGCAAUCCCUCACUCAGCAAUCCCUCACUCAGCAAUCCCUCACUCAGCAAUCCCUCACUCAGCAAUCCCUCACUCAGCAAUCCCUCACUCAGCAAUCCCUCACUCAGCAAUCCCUCACUCAGCAACCCCUCACUCAGCAAUCCCUCACUCAGCAAUCCCUCACUCAGCAAUCCCCUCACUCAGCAAUCCCUCACUCAGCAAUCCCUCACUCAGCAAUCCCUCACUCAGCAAUCCCCUCACUCAGCAAUCCCUCACUCAGCAAUCCCUCACUCAGCAAUCCCUCACUCAGCAAUCCCUCACUCAGCAAUCCCUCACUCAGCAAUCCCUCACUCAGCAAUCCCUCACUCAGCAACCCCUCACUCAGCAAUCCCUCACUCAGCAAUCCCUCACUCAGCAAUCCCUCACUCAGCAAUCCCUCACUCAGCAAUCCCUCACUCAGCAAUCCCCUCACUCAGCAAUCCCUCACUCAGCAAUCCCUCACUCAGCAAUCCCUCACUCAGCAAUCCCUCACUCAGCAAUCCCUCACUCAGCAAUCCCUCACUCAGCAAUCCCUCACUCAGCAAUCCCUCACUCAGCAACCCCCUCACUCAGCAAUCCCUCACUCAGCAAUCCCUCACUCAGCAAUCCCUUCACUCAGCAAUCCCUCACUCAGCAAUCCCUCACUCAGCAAUCCCUCACUCAGCAAUCCCUCACUCAGCAACCCUCACUCAGCAAUCCCUCACUCAGCAAUCCCCUCACUCAGCAAUCCCUCACUCAGCAAUCCCUCACUCAGCAUCCCCUCACUCAGCAAUCCCUCACUCAGCAACCCCUCACUCAGCAAUCCCUCACUCAGCAAUCCUCACUCAGCAAUCCCUCACUCAGCAAUCCCUCACUCAGCAACCCCCUCACUCAGCAAUCCCUUCCACUCACGCCAAUCCCUCACUCAGCAAUCCCUCACUCAGCAAUCCCUCACUCAGCAAUCCCUCCCACUCAGCAAUCCCUCACUUCAGCAACCCCUCACUCAGCAAUCCCUCACUCAGCAAUCCCUCACUCAGCAAUCCCUCACUUCAGCAACCCUCACUCAGCAAUCCCUCACUCAGCAAUCCCUCACCUUCAGCAAUCCCUCACUCAGCAACCCCCUCACUCAGCAAUCCCUCCACUCAGCAAUCCCUCACUCAGCAAUCCCUCACUCAGCAAUCCCUCACUCAGCAAUCCCCUCACUCAGCAAUCCCCUCACUCAGCAAUCCCUCACUCAGCAAUCCCCUCACUCAGCAAUCCCUCACUCAGCAAUCCCUCACUCAAGCAAUCCCUCACUCAGCAAUCCCUCACUCAGCAAUCCCUCACUCAGCAAUCCCUCACUCAGCAAUCCCUCACUCAGCAAUCCCUCACUCAGCAAUCCCUCACUCAGCAAUCCCUCACUCAGCAACCCCUCACUCAGCAAUCCCUCACUCAGCAAUCCCUCACUCAGCAACCCCUCACUCAGCAAUCCCUCACUCAGCAAUCCCUCACUCAGCAACCCCUCACUCAGCAAUCCCUCACUCAGCAAUCCCUCACUCAGCAAUCCCUCACUCAGCAAUCCCCUCACUCAGCAAUCCCUCACUCAGCAAUCCCUCACUCAGCAAUCCCUCACUCAGCAAUCCCUCACUCAGCAAUCCCUCACUCAGCAAUCCCUCACUCACUCAGCAAUCCCUCACUCAGCAAUCCCUCACUCAGCAAUCCCCUCACUCAGCAAUCCCUCACUCAGCAAUCCCUCACUCAGCAACCCCUCACUCAGCAAUCCCUCACUCAGCAAUCCCUCACUCAGCAACCCCUCACUCAGCAAUCCCUCACUCAGCAAUCCCUCACUCAGCAAUCCCUCACUCAGCAAUCCCUCACUCAGCAAUCCCUCACUCAGCAAUCCCCUCACUCAGCAAUCCCUCACUCAGCAAUCCCCUCACUCAGCAAUCCCUCACUCAGCAAUCCCCUCACUCAGCAACCCCUCACUCAGCAAUCCCUCACUCAGCAACCCCUCACUCAGCAAUCCCUCACUCAGCAAUCCCUCACUCAGCAAUCCCUCACUCAGCAAUCCCUCACUCAGCAAUCCCUCACUCAGCAAUCCCUCACUCAGCAAUCCCUCACUCAGCAACCCCUCACUCAGCAAUCCCUCACUCAGCAAUCCUCACUCAGCAAUCCCUCACUCAGCAAUCCCUCACUCAGCAAUCCCUCACUCAGCAAUCCCUCACUCAGCAAUCCCUCACUCAGCAAUCCCUCACUCAGCAAUCCCUCACUCAGCAAUCCCUCACUCAGCAAUCCCUCACUCAGCAAUCCCUCCUCAGCAAUCCCUCACUCAGCAAUCCCUCACUCAGCAAUCCCUCACUCAGCAAAUCCAUCACUCAGCAAUCCCUCACUCAGCAAUCCCUCACUCAGCAAUCCCCCACUCAGCAAUCCCUCACUCAGCAAUCCCUCACUCAGCAAUCCCCUCACUCAGCAAUCCCUCACUCAGCAAUCCCUCACUCAGCAAUCCCUCACUCAGCAAUCCCUCACUCAGCAAUCCUCACUCAGCAAUCCCUCACUCAGCAAUCCCUCACUCAGCAAUCCCUCACUCAGCAAUCCCUCACUCAGCAAUCCCUCACUCAGCAAUCCCUCACUCAGCAAUCCCUCACUCAGCAAUCCCUCACUCAGCAAUCCCUCACUCAGCAAUCCCUCACUCAGCAAUCCCUCACUCAGCAAUCCCUCACUCAGCAAUCCCUCACUCAGCAAUCCCUCACUCAGCAAUCCCUCACUCAGCAAUCCCUCACUCAGCAAUCCCUCACUCAGCAAUCCCUCACUCAGCAAUCCCUCACUCAGCAAUCCCUCACUCAGCAAUCCCUCACUCAGCAAUCCCUCACUCAGCAAUCCCUCACUCAGCAAUCCCUCACUCAGCAAUCCCUCACUCAGCAAUCCCUCACUCAGCAAUCCCUCACUCAGCAAUCCCUCACUCAGCAAUCCUCACUCAGCAAUCCCUCACUCAGCAAUCCCUCACUCAGCAAUCCCUCACUCAGCAAUCCCUCACUCAGCAAUCCCUCACUCAGCAAUCCCUCACUCAGCAAUCCCUCACUCAGCAAUCCCUCACUCAGCAAUCCCUCACUCAGCAAUCCCUCACUCAGCAAUCCCUCACUCAGCAAUCCCUCACUCAGCAAUCCCUCACUCAGCAAUCCCUCACUCAGCAAUCCCUCACUCAGCAACCCCUCACUCAGCAAUCCCUCACUCAGCAAUCCCUCACUCAGCAAUCCCUCACUCAGCAAUCCCUCACUCAGCAAUCCCUCACUCAGCAAUCCCUCACUCAGCAAUCCCUCACUCAGCAAUCCCUCACUCAGCAACCCCUCACUCAGCAAUCCCUCACUCAGCAAUCCCUCACUCAGCAACCCCUCACUCAGCAAUCCCUCACUCAGCAAUCCCUCACUCAGCAAUCCCCUCACUCAGCAAUCCCUCACUCAGCAAUCCCUCACUCAGCAACUCCCUCACUCAGCAAUCCCUCACUCAGCAAUCCCCUCACUCAGCAAUCCCUCACUCAGCAACCCCUCACUCAGCAAUCCCUCACUCAGCAACCCCUCACUCAGCAAUCCCUCACUCAGCAACCCCUCACUCAGCAAUCCCUCACUCAGCAAUCCCUCACUCAGCAAUCCCUCACUCAGCAAUCCCUCACUCAGCAAUCCCUCACUCAGCAAUCCCUCACUCAGCAAUCCCUCACUCAGCAAUCCCUCACUCAGCAAUCCCUCACUCAGCAAUCCCUCACUCAGCAAUCCCUCACUCAGCAAUCCCUCACUCAGCAAUCCCUCACUCAGCAAUCCCUCACUCAGCAAUCCCUCACUCAGCAAUCCCUCACUCAGCAAUCCCUCACUCAGCAAUCCCCUCACUCAGCAACCCCUCACUCAGCAAUCCCUCACUCAGCAAUCCCUCACUCAGCAACCCCUCACUCAGCAAUCCCUCACUCAGCAACCCCUCACUCAGCAAUCCCUCACUCAGCAAUCCCUCACUCAGCAACCCCUCACUCAGCAAUCCCUCACUCAGCAACCCCUCACUCAGCAAUCCCUCACUCAGCAACCCCUCACUCAGCAAUCCCUCACUCAGCAAUCCCUCACUCAGCAACCCCUCACUCAGCAAUCCCUCACUCAGCAACCCCUCACUCAGCAAUCCCUCACUCAGCAACCCCUCACUCAGCAAUCCCUCUCCCCUGUGCAACCAUGCUCUCAAGCUCCCAUGCACCCGUACACUGCAACCCUCCUCCCUCUCCCUCCCACCUCCUGAAUAACCAUCUCCCCACCACUAGUGGCGUUCCUUUCCCCAUUUCCACCUCUCCUCCUCGUGCUCACCAUGGGCCCCACCAUGUGGGACCUCUGGAUCCCCUCAAGGUGAGAAAAGGGGAAGACCCCCCCCUCUUCCCCCCCUUACCACCACUAGUGGCUUUUCCUUUCCUCCCCUCCACGGUCCAUCUCUGCCCCUAG